UCUCUCUUUCGAAUAAUUAAUUAAUGACGACGACGGGAGCAGAAUCAUUCACGGCGUUUCAUUCACCGGACGAAUCGGCGGCGCCGGCGAGUUAUCCGGCGAGGUCGUCGUCGCAGCACUCGUCGGUGGCAUACCUUUUCGGUGGACUAGCAUCUAUGGUAGGGUUAAUAGGUUUGGCUAUUCUCAUUCUGGCUUGUUCUUAUUGGAAACUUUCCGGCCGGUUUGAAGAAGAAGAAGAAGACGGAGACGGCGACGGUGGACAGUUAGAUCGUGUAGAGCUGGGAUUGGGAGGAGAGAAGAAAAAUGAUGAUGGAUUAUUUGAAAAUAAGAUUUUGGUGAUUAUGGCUGGGGAUAACAAACCCACGUUUAUAGCCACGCCGAGUACUAGCCGAGCUUCAUCUUUCGGUAGCCACGGUGGCGGCUCCUCUACGGCUGAAGAUACGCCGCCGCCACCGGGAGAUGAAGACAAGUCGAGGGAUGAUCUGGUGUGUUUAGAGACAGUUGGCGGAGAUCAUCGCAACCCUUGAUUUUCUUUUUCUUUUUCUUUUUAGAUUAAAUUUUUUCUAGCCAGAGCCCAGAGGAAUGGGGACAUUUACAUGUAUGUAUAGUCUCAUAUUUUGUGUUGGAUUUCUCAUAUAAUGGAGAUUACAAUUUUUU